GAACAGCUCUCAUGAUGUUCUUGCAUUUUAUGGUGGUCAUCUGUCUUCUGCUGGGCUCUUUUCAAGCUCAGAGUCGUGCUAUUGAGGAUAUCUCUGGAAAGAGCUCUGAGGAGAUUGAUAACAGCACUGAACGAGAUGAUAAAUCUGUGUCAGCUAUAAUCGAAAGGGCCAACAAACAUGCAGGACAGGGACUGAAUGAGCCCUCGAUCAUGUUUGGAGACAUAGCUGUAGCAACAGACUUAGAAAGAGCAGAUGAUCCAUGCACAGCUCGUGGGUGCAAAUGGGAGAGAAGCAAAAGUGGAAAAGUCCUUGUGCCCUAUGUCAUCUCUGAUGAAUACUCCUCCCAGGAGAAGGAUGUCAUUUUUCAAGGCUUGAGAUCUUUUGAGGAAUCGACCUGCAUUCGCUUCACGCCUCGCACAAAUCAGAGGGACUAUAUAAACAUAGAGUCUAAUUCAGGGUGCUACUCUUUUGUGGGCCGUCGCACAGGAGGCCAGACUGUGUCUUUGGACCGUGAUGGAUGCAUCUCCCUGAAUAUAGUGCAGCAUGAGCUGCUUCACACGCUGGGCUUUCACCACGAACACAACCGCAGUGACCGCGACAAUCACGUCCAAAUCAUUUUUAAAAACAUCAUUCCUGGGCAGGAGUACAACUUUGACAAAAUCAAGAGUAAGAACCUGGAGACUGCCUAUGACUACAGCUCUGUGAUGCACUAUGGAAGGUUUGCCUUCUCCAAGAACAGAGAGCCAACCAUCAUCCCUAUUCCUGACAAAAACGUGUCUAUUGGCCGAGCUGUGAAAAUGAGUUCAAAUGAUAUUCUUCGUAUUAACAAACUAUACUGCAGUAUGUCUUAAGACAUUCCUUCUCUUAUUGAUUCAUUUAAAGGGAAUUUUGAAAGCUUUGUCAGCAUAGGGGAAGAAUGCUGUCUUCUUUGAAUUGCAUUGAUUAGGAAAUGCAUUUAUAUUUUGUAUGCAUGCAUUUUAAAUCAACUUUUAGGUAAUUUGGCAUGUUGACGAGAUUGAAUGUUCUAUAACAUUCAGCUGAAUAAAAUAAACAUUUGUCUAUUGUACUAUCUGGUUUGUGUGUGAGCUGGUGACCAGCCUUCUGUUUGUAAGCCAUAGUGUCUCCUACAUUGAAAGGUUGCGCAAGGUCCUCUUUAUUGAAAUGAGGGUCUGUUAAAUGGUGAAAUGUGAUGGAGCAAAUGUUUCAGAUUAAUAUGUAAAACCAUAGUUUGUGCAAGGCAUCUUUUGAAAUAUUUCCACAUCCUCUUUAGGAAGAAAAGGUGGUUAACUGUAGACCAGAGAAAUAAAAGCUUCCUCUUUGUAAACCAGGUUUGUGGUCUUCUGAGGGGACUAGGGAGGGAUUGCAGUUUGAAAAUACUAAUUUGGUUUGAAAAUGUUUUCCAACA